AUGCGCUCCUCCACCACUUCUACGGAUUCGGGCCUCAACGCCCCACAUAACAAUGUGGCGACAACUCAAGAAACAAAUACCGAAACGCCUACUCAGCAGCUCGCCGAAUCUCAUGCAGCUCAAAGAGACUUGGAAAGGCGCAUAGCCGAACUUCACGAAGCCCAUGCACGAAGCGUUCAUGAAAUCAACCGUCACAUGGAACGAAAGACUAGUGAUCUUCUGCGGGAGUUAGAGCAGCAUAAGAAACGUGAAGCCGCCAUUCAGGCAAUGUUCGUGCAGAACUAUGAGAAAGAGCAGGAGCUAGCGCGUAAGGUGCAUGAGCUUGAGGCACAGAACGCUACGCUGCAAGAGAAGGAGCAGCCAAAGGUUGACAAAUCCAUCGCUGCGCUGGAAGAAUCGUCAAAGCAGAACGAUGACUCUUGCGACAACUAUCCCGGCUUAGAGAAAGGUAUCACCAUCUUCUCACUGGCCGACAGCGUGAAAAAAUUCGGGGUCAGUGCAGACCAUAAGCGGCCCAAAUGGUUCGAUGGCUAUAACGUAGAUUUGUUGCGUCGGCACGACUACUAUAAGGGUUGGCUCGACUGCAUGAGAGCAUUCGACGAUAAAGCAGCAGCUGGACGAGGGUCUCUCUCUGCCGAAGACACGGAUCAUGUCUUUGAUGUUGAAUCUCCCUUUCAAGCUGGGUGUAGUGUUGGGGCGCUUUUCUCCUGGAGCGCCCUCUGCAACGCCCAUGGGGUGCCACAGCGAGACAACCGGCUCGACGAUCGACAGUGGUUCCUUGAAGACCUGGUGCCUAAGACACCGCUGGACGAUCUGCGUUUCUGGGAGGGAGUCCAGGCUGGUAAGAAUGCAGUCGAGCCAAUUUUCUUGGAGACCAUGAGGAACGAUAGCUGGCAAACAUGCAAUAACUAUUAUGGAGAACUUGAAGAACGAUAG